AGGUGCAGCAGCUGCCUGGAACAACGAAGUGAAAGUAAACCAAAAACCGGAUCAAAACAUUUGGGGUGUUAUGUGGUCCGGGAGAAGUGGCUGGACAUUAUAAUAAAUACAUAAUUAUGUAUUGCUUCUAACACCGAUGUCUUACACAAGGAGCGGAAUGCAUCUAUUGAGAUCUAUAAUUCGUCUUGUCUGACCUGUCGAAUAUGGACGAAGGGAUGGAUUCUCAAACAAGUGUGACUGCUGAAGUCCAACCAGAGGGUCCUAAGAAUGAUGUCCCAAACACAAACUUAACAGAUGGAAAAGAUGAACUCUUUUGUGGACCACAAAAGACUGACACUUCAAAAGACUGUGCACAAAUGGAGAACUCGCAAGAUGGCGUAGCAUCUCAGACUUCAAUGGAAUGUGGCUCUGCAGGUGGGCUCGAUGAAUCCACCCCUGCAGACAGCGGGUGUAACUCAACUCAAUCGCACUGUUCUGAUGGACAGGAAUCUAAGAGGUCCACCUCACCUGGUCCUCACCCGGUUAAAACAACCUGUGUUGCUGCACACUCACCAAAUCCAAAACUCACCCUCCCUCUUAGUAGUAGUCCCAUGAAAGGUGUCAGUACACCAAGUGAUGUUGAGAUGCUGAGCCCAAAUAGCCCUAUCUGUAAAACCAUGCUUGUCAACAGCUCUGCAGAGAAGGUUCACGAUGGCAGUGCUUGUGCAGAGGACUCUAGCUCCGCGAAGGAAUCGCAGCAGUGUGUCAAAGACUCUGAUUCUGAAUGUUCUGUCAAAGAAAACCUCAAUCCGGUUUCCACUGGAACUGAGGAUGCUGAGAUAGCCGAGUACAGUGGCUCAUCUGACAUGAGCCAGAAUUUAGCUGGAAGCCAGUCAGGUGAACUUUCCGAAAGUGUGUCAUUGGCAUUUCCAAACAUGGACAAGCAAUGGAUGGGGACACCCAUAGAUGAGCUGAACAGAAUGCCCCAGUGGGUCCCCCCUCUGUCUCACCUAAAAGCAGUACCUGGCCACACAGUCACAAUCAGGACGGAUCUCCUCAGAGAGGGAGAGGUCCCUGCUUCAUACCCCAGCAAGUUCAAAGAUGCGUGGGAUGAUGUGUCUGUGAAGAUGCCCUGCUCUGAGAAGAAUCUGUUUCCUAUGGAUGCUGAGGAUGGAGGUGGUGUCCAAAGUCGAUGGGAGCUGAUCCAAACUGCCUUAAAUGGAGGGUUCAAGAGCUCUCUGGAUGUGAGGGAUGCUAUAUUGAGAUACAACAUAGCCCAUGCAAAGAAAUGGGACUUCACUGCGCUCAACCUUCUUUGCACAGAGUGUCUCGAGCAGUCUGAGUUGGAGCACCUGUUUGAGACCACCCUGCCAGCCAUGGUUGACCUUGCUCUCAGUGCUCCUGCCCUCUGCACAUUGCCAAUUCCCUUGCUGAAGUCCGGGAUAAACCACUCCCUGACUCUGUCUCAGGAGCAAAUAGCCUGUCUGCUUGCCAACUCUUUCUUCUGCACAUUCCCCCGACGCAACUCCCGCAAGUCGGAGUACUGCAAUUAUCCUGAGAUCAACUUUUACAGGUUAUUUGAAGGUUCUUCACCAAGAAAAAUUGAAAAAUUAAAAACUCUGUUGUGUUACUUCAGGAGAGUAACAGAGACAAAGCCCAAGGGUCUUGUCACAUUCAAAAGACAAGCACUGAACACUCCUCCAAACUGGGAAAGUUCCCAGACUCAACUGAAGCGCCUUCAUAUCACUUGUGAGGGGACGAUUGAGGAUGAUGGAUACGGGAUGCUGCAGGUGGACUUUGCAAACAGGUUUGUAGGUGGUGGAGUGACCGGACAUGGACUGGUCCAGGAAGAGAUCAGGUUCCUCAUCAACCCUGAACUCAUUGUCUCCCGCCUUUUCACCGAAGCUUUGGAGUUCAACGAAUGCCUCAUUAUCACAGGCACUGAACAGUACAGUAAAUAUUCUGGCUAUGCUGAGAGUUACAGAUGGAAGGCCAACCACAUGGAUGAGACUGCCAGGGAUGACUGGCAGAGACGAUGUACAGAGAUUGUGGCCAUUGAUGCUCUGAAAUUCAGACACUUCCUGGAGCAGUUUAUUCCCGAGAAGAUGACCAGAGAACUCAACAAGGCAUACUGUGGAUUCUUCAGAAACAACGGCAAGCACCUCUCUGCAGUGGCCACAGGAAACUGGGGUUGUGGAGCUUUUGGUGGAGACACCCGGCUCAAAGCGCUGAUCCAGUUGAUGGCUGCGGCAGAGGCUGGGAGAGACAUGGCUUACUUCACAUUCGGAGACGCUCAGCUAAUGAGAGAUGUUCACGCAAUACACUCUUUCCUCACCGAGAGACAAGUCAACGUUGGGAGGCUGCACAAGCUUUUGAACCAGUACUCCAGUUUGGUGUGCAAGAAUUGCCGAACGACUCGACCCGACGUCACUCUCUACAGUUUCAUCUACGAAAGAGUAUCUUCCCCCAUGGCCGCCGAUGCCCAGGACUCCACAAAGGAUUCUGGGAUGUCCCCUGUACCAUCGGACACUCAAUAACAAGGACAGAGGACACUUAUCCUCCCUCCCCCUGUCUCUAUGUGUAAAAGAGACUCCAGGUUCAAAAACCUCAAAAUGCUCUUCUAACAAUCACUUCUUCUCUCACACACACUCCCUUUAAGUUUGUGAUCCCAACACACAAACUAUCAAAUCACUAUUUUGCCUUUCUUGUUGCUGGUAUUUUAGGAGCUGCGUAGUAUGUCGCCAAAUGUGGGAAAAUGUUUCAGAGACGUAUAGCAAUAGUAAAUCCUGGUUGCUGUUAGGCCUUUCUUUAGUCUAAAUAUGAUGUGGAUUAUUCUUUUGGUUUAACACUAAUUACAAAUAUGGCCAAAUACUCAUCAUGUGCAUGGUAUGAACACAUUUCAUUAUUAAGAAUCCAUAACAUGAUGAUCUUCCCUAGUUAUCUUGUCAUAUUGGUUUUUGCUACUUUUUUCUUCUCCAUUUAUCAUACCCAGGCAGUGGUGAGAUUCCUGAAUGCAGAGAGAUGAUGCCAUACUGUGUAGUCUAUGCAUGGGUAACAUUUAUUUAUCAAAUACACUGCUCUUUUAAUAUCCCAUAGGAUGUUUACAUACACGUAUUGUCCUUAUUUUAACAUUAAUCUAAACUAUCAAUAACAUGUCAUCUGCAUGAGAUUAACCUCAGAUAAAACAUAUAUUUAAUUUAUGGUCAUUUUCAUCUUCAGACCUUAAGUUCUAUUCUGAACUUAAUCAAAUAUAUUCAGUGUUAGCUACUGUAUAAACAAAUAAAGUUGGGAGUGGAAAUAAUUGCA